AUGGCCACAAAAACACAAGCCAUACCUAUUUUCCUCUCCGUCCUAGUCCUAGCCCUGAUUGAGGUCUCCCAUGCCGGUGGGAUCGCAAUCUAUUGGGGUCAAAGCGGCUCCGAAACAACCUUAAACGCAACUUGUAACUCUGGACUAUACAAAUACGUCAACAUAGCUUUUCUCAACAAAUUUGGCAGCCCCCGAACCCCUGGGCUCAACCUUGCUGGCCAUUGCAACCCUGCAAAUGGUGGUUGCAGAGUGGCAAGUUCAGCCAUAAAAAACUGCCAAAGCAAAGGCAUCAAGGUGAUGCUCUCCAUCGGUGGUGGCAUUGGCCAGUACUCUCUGGCUUCUAAAGAUGACGCCAGGAUGGUUGCUGCUUAUUUGUAUAACAACUUCUUGGGUGGAAGGUCACCUUCACGGCCCUUAGGAAGUGCCGUUUUGGACGGUAUAGACUUUGACAUAGAGCUUGGCGUCACUAAGUAUUGGGCCGAUCUUGCUAGCUACUUAGCUGCAUAUAGCAAGCCAGGAAGAAAGGUUUACCUAUCGGCUGCUCCUCAGUGUCCAAUCCCUGACAGAUUCUUAGGGGCUGCCCUUAGUACUGGUCUUUUUGAUUAUGUUUGGGUUCAGUUUUAUAACAACCCCCCAUGCCAAUACAGUCCAGGUAACACAAGCAAGCUUUUAGCUUCAUGGAAACGGUGGGCUGGGAUAAGGGCAAUAAAGAAGUUAUUCCUAGGGUUACCGGCAGCCCCGGCGGCAGCAGGAAGUGGGUACAUUCCACCUGGUGUGCUAACCUCUAAAAUCCUUCCAGAGAUCAAGAAAUCGCCAAAGUAUGGAGGUGUUAUGCUUUGGAACAGAUACUAUGAUAGGGUCAAUGGCUAUAGUGCUGCCAUUAAGAGUAAGGUAUAA